CUGUAGGAUACUAUCCUCUUCUGCAACUCUUCUGUGUGUUAAAUGGGCGGCCGUUCUGUCCUUCUCACUUCGAACCUACCCCAACUACAAAAUCUGAUCAAACGGGAUCCUACCUCCUAUAAGGAUGAAUUUCUCCAGCAAUGGAACCAUUACAACAGCAUACGGCUGAUUUUCCAUUUGAAUCCAGACGAACAUGCUCAACACUUCAGAGAACUAGUUGCGUUCAUCGCCCAGGUCGCCACUUGUUACCCAAAAGAGACCGCAGAGCUUCCUUCGCAAAUCUCUACCAUCCUGCUGGACAGCUAUGGCAUGCUUUCGCCUGAUACACGGAAAGCAUUGAUUUCCACCAUGGUACUGUUGAGAAACAAAAAUGUCAUAACGUCCAUCGAACUCCUUCGAACACUUUUUCCUCUCCUUCCUCGUACCACCUCAUCUUCUCUACGGUCUAACAUCCGCAAAACCAUACUUUCCGAUAUUCGAACAGCCAACAUUCGAGCAAAGAACCAUAAACUGAAUCGUGCAAUUCAGGCUAUGCUCUUCGGUAUGGUCGAAAACGGUUUGGACGACGUUGCGAAUUUUGGCAACAAAGGGAAGCAGAAGGAAGUCAAUAAAGGAAUACACUUCGGUACAUCAGAUAAAACGGCAGGGAGGGGAGAAGAUGCAAUGUGGGCUGUGAUCUUGACCAAAGAACUCUGGCGGAAGGGCAUCUGGAAUGAUGUAAAGCCAGUCUCCAUCGUCGCUAUCGGGUGCUUGCAUCCAGUCCUCAAAGUUCAGAGUGCAUCAAUCCACUUCUUUCUUGGAGAUGAUGACGAAAAGGAAGAUAGCGACGACGAGGAGGAAGAGGAAGUUGAUGUACGUGCGCUCCACCAUCGUCGUGAAAUCAACAAAAAGUCUCGUAGUGGCGACAAAAAACUACAGAAGAAGCUCAAUGUCGCCAAAAAGAAAAAACAUGGAAAACCCGACACCUCUCGGUCCCGGGCAAAUUUUCCAGCUCUGCAAUUGUUGAAUGAUCCUCAGACGUUUGCCGAAAAAUUGUUUACUAUCUUGGAUCGUUACGACAAACGAUUUACUCUCGACCACAAAAUUCUAAUCAUGCAAAUCCUUGCCCGUGUUAUAUCUGCGCAUACGCUCUUCGUCAUGCCUUUCUACUCGUACAUUCAAAAAUGGCUCGCUCCGAAACAACUGAGGGUGCCGUCGAUACUGGUCGCACUAGCCCAAUCUGUACAUGCGCUUAUACCACCGCAGACGUUGAAACCAGUUGUCCUCAAGCUUGCGAAUGAAUUUGUGCAUCCAGGAGUUGGAAGUGAAGUCAUAGCAGCUGGAAUAAAUGCGAUCACGGAGAUUUGUAGGCGACAACCGUUGGUUAUGGGACCUAGAGAUGAAGACGAGGACGACGUGAUGAGAAAGCAGAAGGAACAUGGGCAGAAAAAUAUGGAUACAAAGGACGGUGCUGAAAAUCAACUCGAAGCUCUGAAGCUCGAACAUUUAGAGAAAGAAAAGGCGGAAAUCCGUAAGCUGGGGAUAGACGAUGCUGACGGAAAGAGACCCAGUGACAAGGAUGUCGAUCUACGGCCUCUAUUGAAUGAUCUAAUUGAGUAUAGGAAGAGCAAAGACAAAACAGUCAUCGCAGCCUCUCGAGGGUUGUUGCAUCUUUAUCGAGAGACUCACCCGGAGUUCUUGAAGAAACGAGAACGAGGCAAAGAAGCCAGUAUCAAUAUGAAGACUGCUGUUGCUCGCAAUCUCCCCUACGGCCACUCAGCUAAUGCUGCUGUUGAUAUUGAAGGCCUUUCUCUUCUGGAGAGUCACUUCCAACAACUCCGGGAAGAAGAAAAUGGACACGACGAUGCAGAUUCGGGAGAGGAUAAUAACGAAGCUGGUUGGGACGGUUGGGAUAUCGAGUCAGAUUCUGACUCGGAAUCCGAUUCGGAGGAUGGGUGGCAAGAUGUGUCCAGUGACAGUGAUGGCGAUAUCGAGCUCAGCGAUAGCGAAAAUGAAAACGGAGAACAAAGGGAGCGGAAUAAAAACAAAGGAAAGGAGACAGAGCGGCAGGAGAGGCGUCGGGAGAAGAAGGAAAAGCGGGAGAAACAGAGAGCCAAGGAGGAAGCAGUCAAGAGCGGGCGAGGAAUCAACGGAGAGAUAGACAAUGACGAAGUGGAUGAAAAUGAGUACGGAUUCAGCGGUGAUGACCAGGACAAAAUGGACAUUGAUACAGAGGAGAAGACGGAAACGAGAAAUUUUGACCAAGAUGCAUCAACUCUCGCCACAACCAAGAUUCUCACUCCAGCCGACUUCAAAUUGCUCUCUGACCUCCAGAUUCAAGCAGCUCAAAAAUCUGUUGAUAUAGGCGGUGGAAAUCGCGCGAAACGAAAGCUCGCGGCGCUUGAAGCUGGACGCAAAUCUCAAAACAUUUCCGACGAUCCAUCAGCUUCCUUUAUCUCCGAGAACGAUAUCCUUGGGCCGCGUAAAAAAGCCAAGGCUGAUUAUGCUGAACGGAUGGCUUCAAUACAAAAAGGAAGGGAGGGUCGCGAGAAGUUUGGUUCCCGCAAAGGCAAAAAGACAAAGGAUGCUCCCAGUAGCUCUACAAACAGGGAAAAAGCGAGGAAUAAGCCGAUCAUGAUGAUCCUGAGCAGUGGCUCUGUUCGGGGAAAGAAGAAGGCAAGUUUGAGAGAAAAGCAACAAAAACUGCGGGCACACAUUGAGAAGGGGAAAAGAGCGAAAAAGUAGAUAAAUGAAACCCACGUACCCUCUCUUCCUAGCUCUUCCUCAGUCUAUCUUUCCAUCCGUCGAUGACAUGCCUCAUAAUGUAGCUUACGACCACAUUAAAUGUGUGCCCGCCUAGCUCAAUCGGAUAGAGCGUCAGACUUUUAC